UUUUGUGCGACGAACAGACAUGGCGAGUGGUAAAAAGAGUGCACUGCUCUCGUCUUUAGCAGACUAUGGAGACGAUUCAGAACCCGACUCUGACCUCGAAUUCGAAGAUUCUGGGAGUAGAGGAGGUUUGGUGGGUUAUGAUGAAGAUGAGCUGAACAGAACCACCAAUGAUGCUGAUGACAAAAGGUCUGGACAUGAAGGCAGCCCAGAGAGCAACAUGGAAAUGGACGAAUCAGACGAGGGGAGAGACGCAGAUGAUGUUGAGGUCCCUGAAGGAGAGAAAAAGGACCCCAAUGAGCUUGUUGCUCUGUUCUCCGAGAAGGUGAGGAACAUGUCGCCUGACAAAAUCAGGAUCCCCCCCGAGCCUCCAGGACGCUGCUCGAGACAACUGCAGGACAAGAUCUCCAAACUGUACGAGAGGAAGCUCCACGGAGACUUUGACACAAACAGCCACAUCCAGAUGAAGAAAGAGUUUAGAAACCCGAGUAUUUACGAGAAACUUAUUCAGUUCUGUGGAAUCGACGAGCUGGGAACAAACUAUCCUAAAGACAUGUUUGACCCUCAUGGCUGGUCAGAAGACUCCUACUAUGAGGCUCUUGCCAAAGCCCAAAAGGUGGAGAUGGACAAGCUGGAAAAGGCCAAGAAGGAGCGCACCAAGAUUGAGUUUGUCACGGGAACCAAGAAGGGCACCAACCCUUCCAGCACGACCGCCUCCACCACCAGCAGCACCAGCACCACCACAGCUACAGCAGAUGCUCAGAAGAGGAAAAGCAAGUGGGACUCUGCGAUCCCCGUCACUCUGUCCCAGCCCACCCUCAUCACCACCUCAGCCACCCUCCCAGCUGUCGUCUCCGUGACGACCACAGCAAGCGGUACCAAGACCACGGUCAUCUCUGCAGUGGGCACCAUCCUGAAGAAGGCAAAGCAGUGAGGAACGGACAGAGGAGUUUGGUCUGAGACUGGCCUGCACGAAGACCUGAGUUGAUGCUGGACAAGUG